AUGAGCAUGCUCACAAUCCAUGAAUUGUGUGAGUAUAUUGGCUCCUUGAAAGUAGCCGAUCUGAAGGAGCAUAUCAAGGCCUUCAAUGAGCGUCUUCCCUUCUGUCCACAUAUGCGCCUAUCUGGCAACAAGCCUGACUUGGCCCAGCGAUUGAUCGAAGCAAUUAUAGCCGCAGCAGCUGUUCCAGAGCAUUUCGAGGAUAUGCUAGUGGUUAUGGCGCCGCUCGGUCUAACCAUGUGGCUCGCAGAUGUGGCUCAUCUUCAUCGUGCGUCUCAGCAAUAUGCCGAAUUGUACGGCCAUAUGCCCUCCUCGAAUGCAACGUCCACUUCAACCUUCCGCCCACAGGUUGCCGCUCGACCCAGCACAUCGACUACGAGUGCAGCCACGCCUCAACCGGCACAGGCCCUUUCGCAAGGCUCGCUCAAGCAGCUCCGAUUCUGGCCCUCACCCUUUUAUGACGUGAUCGAAUUUGUAUCCUCUAUUGUACAGAUACCAGAGGCACCCCCACCAUCGGGUCGACGGCAGGUGGGCGUGUCCUUCACACUCUCCCAAAAGCAAGUCGAUCAGCUUACCGAUACCCAGCACACCUACCAGCUUCGUCUUUUCUGCACGACCUUUCAAAAUUUUAUGGCCUCUGUCUCUCCACCACAAAAAGCAGUGCCGAUUGAGUUCCCAUUCACAUGUGAGGCACGCAUCAAUGAGCGGUCGCUAGGUGUAAGCUUAAAAGGCAACAAAAAGCACGCUGGUCGCGUGGCACCACCCAAUUUAAAUCGCAAUCGUCAUCUGCAUGUCCACGCAGGCAAACUCAAUCGCGUAGAGCUGUCCUAUGCGAAUUCCCCGAAUCGAUAUACCAUGGUCAUUGCUUUAUGCAAAGUGACGUCGGCAGAGACAUUGACUGCGCAACUAAAGCAGAAGCAGUACCGAAGCAAAGAGUCCGUCAUUGCUAUGAUGCAGCGAAAAGCGCAGGACGAAGAAAUCGAGACAGGUGCAUCCACACUGCGGCUUACAUGCCCCCUGACGUACGUUCGAAUGGUGACGCCGUGUCGUGCGAAUACAUGCGAUCACAUACAGUGCUUUGAUGCACUGAGCUUUUAUUCGAUGAAUGAGCAGUCGCCGCAGUGGCAGUGCCCUGUAUGCAGCCAGGAUAUCAAGUCGGAAGAUCUGCGUAUGGAUGGAUACGUGGAAGACAUUUUGAGGCGCGUUCCUCAUGACUUGGAAGCGGUUCUUGUGGAAGCGGAUGGGUCAUGGCACUCGGCAGAUGACAAGUACACAUCGGACUCACCGAUCCUCGCAGAGCCUAGCGCACCCGAGACAGAGGCGCUUGACCUACUUGAUCUGACACCAUCCCCGCCACCAUCGGAGAUGGCUUCGACCAUCCCUCCGUCGUUCGUGGCCAAGGCUGAAGUAGCGACGCCGCCUGUAGGGGGCGACUCGCCCAUGUUGUCGCUCGAUAUGUCGGCUACAUCGUUCUCAACCCCUCGCAUCUCGCCUAUACGCCCUGGACCUACUCUUUCUACGCUGUCCACACCGCCACCGCCGCCACCAGCGAAUGUCAUCGAUUUGACACUGAGUAGUGACGAUGAAUCAUAG